ACGAUGUUUCAAUCGAAAUUUUACAAUCUGAUAAUUUUACAAUUCGUUAUUAUUUUGUUGAUAAUAAAAUCAAAUGUUGAUGGUGCUAUUUCAACACAACCAACAACAACAAUAACAACGAGUAAACAAUGUCAACGUGCUGAUAAAUGUGCGCUGACAUUAAUACCAUUAACGGAUGAAAAAUUUAUUGAAAAACCACCACGAACAUCAACGGAUAUGAGAGAAUGGUGUCAACGUAUUGUACCAAUGGAAAGAUGUCUGAAAGAUUAUGCACAAAAAUGUUUGAAUAAACAAUCCAGACAAACAUUAUCCGUAUUGUUGUUCAGUAUUUCGCGUACAAAUAAACGUUAUUGUACGAAUAAAAAAAGACAAAAAUCAUUUUUAAAUUAUGUUGAUUGUUUUCAUCCACAAAUACAUUCGAUUGCUAAUGUUUUACGAAAUAUGACCACAGAUUUUCAUGCAAUACCGUUGGUUAAGGAAAAAACGUUACGUUUACCAUUAACAUGUUGUUCAUAUUAUAAAUGGAAAAAUAUUGGUGUCGAUAAAAUAAUUAAAUCAUGUCCAACCAAUACGGCUGCACAUGAAGAAGCUGAAAAUCUUUUAGCUGGUUAUACAAAUGAUCUUUUAGCAAUUAUAUGUGGUGAUUAUGUUGAAGAAUCGGAUAAAUGUGAAGGAAUUAUCGGGAAAAUACCUGAAUGGAAACGACCAUUACGUUGGCAAAAUUUUAUACUACCAUUAGUAACAAUAUUCGAUAGUAUCGAUUAUGAUUCAAUAUCAACACCAUGAUUGAUUGAUUGAUUAACCUAUCAUAUGGUGUUUUUCAAAUAGCAAAAAGAAGAUAUUUUUUUAUUUAUAAAUGAUGAUGACAUUGAAUAA